CCAAAAAAAAAGAAGCUCCAUCUCGACCAUAGAAGUCACUGUUGUCAACAUGUCAAUGUCAUGCCCAGAAUGUCACAAGGUCCACAUGGCCAGGCUGUGCUGAAACUACAAAAUUGAUGCCGAGGCUGAGAGGUAGUUCUCUGAACUGAUCAACGUUCUUCGGGAUGGUGCGUGGUUUCUAAGUUAUUGAGUGCAAUCGUUGGUUGCGAUCACAGCAAUUCGCUCUUCUCUUUUACUCACAUAUCCGGCUAUGCAACGAGACUCUGGUGGCAUUGCGCUAUCCCCGUAGGAAUCCUAAGGACUUGGAAGAACAAAAGCGGGCUCCUCACCAUCACUGUCAUGCACCACUACUAGAUCCGAACUAUUGCCAUCACGGCAUCGCAGUCAUCUUCCUCGGUGUUCAUGUAAGCAGUAGAUGCACUAAUAUGACCACUAUCAGUAACGCUGGGCGCUGAUGACCGGUAUGGCUGUGGCAGGGUUCCUCGGCGACACGAAGCACCACCCCAAAGCAUGGAGCCUCUAAGGUCAUAUGUAUAGCCUGAUUCGACUACUGGCGUAAUAUAGUAAUGGGAAAUUCACACAGUAGUCCCAUCGGCGCCGGACAUGGCGUCUUAAAAUAAGCGCAUCCAGGGUAUCGUAUUUAUCCCCUAUAGUAAAGGAUACUAGCCUGUGGCCGUUUCUGAUUAAACGUUACAUAGGCAGAUAAGCAUUUUGUCUUCUAAUCACCGUCAAAGAGAUAUCGCUCCUUCACCUACUACAACUCAAAUCGCAUAUUGGCAUCCCAAUUCAUCACCAUGCCCAGUAAUAACUGUAGUGCGAUCUUGAACUUCGAUGCAGCAAUGGCGUACCUUCCACCCGACACAGCAUACCAGGUACAAGUAGGAGCAAAUCUAGUAGUUGGCUCGCUGGGAGCUAUGGCCUGGGAUUUCCUCACCAAUCUCAAUGGAGACUAUCAGCUACUCUUCAAGCAUAGGAUCAAGUUACCGACCUUGGUGUAUUUUUUCUCAAGAGCGUUAUCGUUAGGCUACGUUCUAGGGAGUGCCAUCUUUCAGACAACUCCCAUUGAUCACUGUCAAGCACUAGAACAAACUGUUGACGUGUUUUACGCCUUCGCCGUUCCAUUAUCUUCUCUUUUGUUCUUCUUCCGUGUUAAAGCAGUUUUUGACAACAACAAGUACAUUGUAACGACUGGCUUCAUCCUCUGGCUUAGUGUUCUCGCAUCAUCUUUGUCCAUCAUCACAGCCGUUCACGCCAUCACUAUUGGACCUACCUCAUAUUGCACAGCAGAAAGCCUAAAGUCGUAUGCUGGAGCGGCGCCAAUAACGGUUCUCGUUCAUGAUACCUUUGUGUUCAUGGCCAUUUCAUGGCGCCUUCUCUGGACUACUUCAACACACACAGGAUUCAAAGGUUGGGCAAGAGCAUUUGUAUCCGGUGGUUAUCUGCCAGCCUUGUCCAAAUCCCUGUUACAAGAUGGUCAAAUGUAUUACUUGAUCACAGUUGGCGGUAAUCUACUGACUGUCAUCAUGGUUUUCGAUAAAAGGGUACCAUCAGUGUACCAUACGAUGUUUACGGUGCCCAAUCUUAUGCUAACGAAUGCGAUGGCUUGCCACGUUUUCCGAAGCACGAAGCUUGGUCUCAUCAGAGGAUUUAGAAAUGACUCUAGCCUGCUAUCGACUAACCGGUCAAUUCACCUUCCUAUACAUCGACGCACUGCGCGCAGUGAUAACAUUGAGCUUGACCACGCUUUAGAUAUCACAGUGACGAAAGUGGUUGAACAUGACAGCGACUUCUCCAAUUCCAUGGGACCGGAAUCUGCGUCACCAAAGGAUGACUAUGGCAACUAAGUUACGAUAUAGUGGAUUCGUUCUCAACUCUUAUUGCUGUAAUUCUGCUACGGUAAUAGUGUAGCGCUCCUUCAGAUAUUGCAUUUAUUCCCAAGGUUCUUGAGUUUCGGUGUAUUAUUGCUACAUAUUCAGAUGUUCUAUUAAUGUCGAGUUACAAUUCACUCAUUCCAAAUCAGAUUACCACAUGUUUUGCAAUUCCA